GGAUUGGUCUCUCUCUUUCGAUCCCCGCCUCUGGGGAGGAGCCAGCAGCCCUGGGUCCAGCCUGUUCUCUGCUCCAGCCGAGAGGAGGCUCUGCUCUGGGUGGGGAUGGAGCGCGCAACUGUCUGGUUCUGACCUGGGGGAGCGGAAGCCACUGGUCUUUCUCCCUCCCCAAGACCUCUGUGACUUCUGGGCAGCUGAGGUCCGGCCAGGCUAAGGGCCGGGGAUGCCCCCUGCCUGGCCCCCUUGCCAGAACUGGCAAGGGGGCCGGGCUGGGCAGCAGCCCCAGUCUCAUCCCAGUCAUGGAUCUCCUACCCCCCAAGCCCAAGUACAACCCACUUCGGAAUGAGUCUCUGUCAUCGCUGGAGGAGGGGGCUUCGGGGUCCACUCCACCGGAGGAGCUGCCUUCUCCAUCAGCCUCAUCCCUGGGGCCCAUCCUGCCUCCUUUGCCUGGGGACGACAGUCCUACCACCCUGUGCUCCUUCUUCCCCCGGAUGAGCAACCUGAAGCUGGCCAACCCUGCCGGGGGGCGCCUGGGGCCUAAGGGGGAGCCAGGAAGGGCAGCCGAGGAUGGGGAGGGGAUCACAGGGACAGCUGUGCUGGACUCAGGCCCCCUGCCCCUCCUCCAGGACAUGAACAAGCUGAGUGGAGGCGGCGGGCGCAGGACUCGGGUGGAAGGGGGCCAGCUGGGGGGCGAGGAGUGGACCCGCCACGGGAGCUUUGUCAAUAAGCCCACGAGGGGCUGGCUACAUCCCAACGACAAAGUCAUGGGACCCGGGGUUUCCUACUUGGUUCGGUACAUGGGCUGUGUGGAGGUUCUGCAGUCAAUGCGUGCCCUUGACUUCAAUACCCGGACUCAGGUCACCAGGGAAGCCAUCAGUCUGGUGUGUGAAGCUGUGCCGGGUGCUAAGGGGGCGACUAGGAGGAGAAAGCCUUGUAGCCGUCCUCUCAGCUCUAUCUUGGGGAGAAGUAACCUCAAAUUCGCUGGAAUGCCAAUCACUCUCACUGUAUCCACCAGCAGCCUCAACCUCAUGGCCGCAGACUGCAAACAGAUCAUUGCCAACCACCACAUGCAAUCUAUCUCAUUUGCGUCCGGCGGGGAUCCGGACACAGCUGAGUAUGUCGCCUAUGUUGCCAAAGACCCUGUGAAUCAGAGAGCCUGCCACAUCCUGGAGUGUCCUGAAGGGCUUGCUCAGGAUGUCAUCAGCACCAUUGGCCAGGCCUUCGAGCUGCGCUUUAAACAAUACCUCAGGAACCCACCCAAGCUGGUGACCCCCCAUGACAGGAUGGCUGGCUUCGAUGGCUCAGCGUGGGAUGAAGAGGAGGAAGAGCCACCUGACCAUCAGUACUACAAUGACUUUCCGGGGAAGGAACCCCCUCUUGGGGGGGUAGUAGACAUGAGGCUUCGAGAAGGAGCCAUGCCAGGGGCUGCUCGACCCACUCCCCCCAGUGCCCAGACCCCUAGCCAUCUGGGAGCUACACUGCCUGUAGGACAACCUGCUUCAGGAGACCCAGAAGUCCGCAAGCAGAUACCACCUCCACCGCUCUGCCCAGGUAGAGAGCUCUUUGAUGAUCCUUCCUAUGUCAAUGUCCAGAACCUAGACAAGACCCGGCAAGCAGGGGCUGGGGCUGGACUCCCCAAUCCUGCCAUCAAUGGCAGCGCACCCCGGGAUCUCUUUGACAUGAAACCAUUUGAAGAUGCCCUCCGGGUGCCUCCACCUUCCCAGUUGAUGUCCAUGGCUGAGCAGCUCCGAGGGGAACCCUGGUUUCAUGGGAAGCUGAGCCGGCGGGAGGCUGAGGCACUGCUGCAGCUCAAUGGGGACUUCCUGGUGCGAGAGAGCACGACCACUCCUGGCCAGUAUGUGCUCACCGGCUUGCAGAGUGGGCAGCCUAAGCACCUGCUUUUGGUGGACCCUGAGGGUGUGGUUCGGACAAAGGAUCACCGCUUUGAGAGUGUCAGUCACCUCAUCAGCUACCAUAUGGACAAUCACUUACCCAUCAUCUCUGCGGGCAGUGAACUGUGUCUACAACAGCCCGUGGAGCGGAAACUUUGAUCCAUCCCAGCUUCUCUCCAGAUGCCCUCUGGACCCUUCUACUCUCUUCCUUAACUCUCAGGACCUCACUUGGGAGUAUUCUGUGGGCUUUGCCUUGGGUAGGAGCUGGGAGAAAUGUGGACACUGGAUUCAGUAUCCAGUAGAAUGAGAGGAUUUGAGUCAGGAGCCUGGGGGAGAAACUUGUUUCUCCCCAAACCUCACCAAAGUAUUAAUGUACACAGUGGCCUCCUCAUCUGGGCCUUUCCUGUGCCAACCUGAUGCCCCCUUCCCCAAGAGGGGGUGCUUGUAAUGGAAAAUGUCCCACGGUGACAGACCCAUGGGUGGAGCAGUCACCCUUCUGUGGAAGGGGGAAUGAAUUCCACUUCUGGUCUACUCCUGGGCUUCAGGGUACCCCAGACCCCUCUCAACACGCCCCCUCCCCCAAGUGUUUAAACUUUGUGCCUUUAACCAUCUCCUAGGUUGGAAGAGUUCUCAGACCCUUGAGUUCAAGGACAGGGGUGCUGACAUCUUCCUGGCUUCUGGGACUCUGUCCACUCUGCUCAGCACCCUCUCUGGUUUGGGUUGGGAAGAGGCAGGAGUGACAGCUGUCCCCAAGCCACGGGGAUGUGCAACCCUCAGAGAUGGCCCCAAAGCCCUCCUCCAGGCCGGGUGGGGGAGGAUGGAUGCCCCUUGCUCAGUGCCUCCUGGCUGGCCCCUCCUCCAGGGGUCUGUAUAUACAUUUCUAAGCCCUGCCUCUCCUGUGUCGCAUGCAUGUUGUACCCUACAGCCAAAGUGCAGCCCUUCUUCCUGUCACUGGCCCUGCCUUCUGGAUUCUGGGGCAGCGGGGUGACCAAAUUUCAGCCUCCCCAUGUAACUCCCAAGUGGGCUUUGUGGAGGUGGGAUGGCAUUGAGAAAGCAGUAGACAAUCCCCAAAUGCGAUCUGUAGAUUUGGAAUUGCGUUCAUUUUUUAAUAUGCACAUAUUUUAGGGCUGUAGAUUUACUGCCCUUUGUUUUCCAUGGCUUUUGAGCACAAAAUGAUGAUAAUCGAUUACAUUUAUAUAUCACCUCUUUGACUUUUCUGAGCCCUUUUACAACUAUUGGCAUUUUUUCACCACCGGCAGCAUUAUCUUUUUUACAAGAGACCUAAGGCAGGCAUUGAUUUUGCCCUCGAACUGGAGAACUUGGACCUGGUAGGGUGAGGUUAGGAGGCAUGUCUGCUUGGAGAGUUACAGUGUGGUGAAAUGGGAGCUUAAGCUCCACCGGUGUUGAGGACUGGCCAGGGUAUGCUGGACAGACAAGCCUCCCCUUGCUGGGCUGCAGGCCUGGUGGCAGGGAGGAAGGGAUGAGGACGAAAGAAGGUGGGAUGUUUGCAUCCUGGGCACCUCCUUUUUUGUUUGGUUGUGUUCACAGGUCUCACUUAUACCAAAGGGAAAUAGUCUUCAUUAAAGUCCGUGUUUCUUCUA